AUGUUAACUAGAGGCAUUUACGACACAGAACAAGUCAAUUCAAAAGUCAAUACUGAUAAGAGAGAAUCCUUUAGCAUAAAUGAUGAGAAUACUCUUGAGAACCAGCUUAACACCGAUAGGAAGAGUAAAGCUCAUCAUAAAUAGGAACAAGAGCUCAAAAAUAGCUCCAUCAGAAAUGGCUAAAGACCCAACAUUAGAGAAUGCUCUUGCUGCUAAAAAUUUUGAAUUGGUAGAAAAUAGCAGCAUUCCAGUAGAGCUUACAUGUCAUUUCUGCAAAUAAAGAUGUUGUGACUGAGGUAAAGACAAGACUUUCGAAACGUCAAAAGUGAUAUUGAGUUUGCUUAGGGUUCCUUCUUAUGCCUUGAUUUUCUUGGAUACCAUGAGUAAUUUCUUCUUGAAGAGACCAUCAGCAUUUUUGUCCAAAAUGAACUAGAUACUUGGCAAGAUCUUAACUUGGUAUAAAUCGAUAACUGUUGAAUUCAAUUUCCAUGAAC